AGAUUUGAUGUGCUACAGAAAUUUGUCUACUUUCGACAUUGACAUUCAAGUGCGAGGGUGUAACUUUCUUCAAUUAAAGCUCACGAACGGAUUUCCUUCUUUUAAUGCGUCAAAAGUAAAAAGCUCACCGUUACAAAAAGUCCAAUGGACUCGGACCCUUAAGAAGGGGAGAGGCUUUUAGUCAAUGUUCUUCCUCUUUUUGAGCAAUGUUUAUGAAUUUAAGCGAGUCUUCUUCGUCAGGGCCUGUUCUCGUCAAAUUAUGACUUCGUGGUCGUGAAGUAGUUUUGUCGGUUGCUGCAAUACACAAGUAAAAAUGGUAUUCGUGAGCCUAAUCAGACAUAUGUGAAAACCCACUUGACCAUUGCACUUGAGUAUUUGGUUCAUCUUGUCAACAAUCAAUCUGGCUAUUGAAGCACAUUUUCAAGAAUGGGGUUUGAAGCAAGUUCUGGAGUUAAAAUGCAAGAAAUUAAGUGGCGGGAUUCUUCUUUGAGAUCUUCGAAGUACAUGGAAGUAACAAGACACAAGCGUUCGAAAAGUGAGACCGAUCAAAGAGUCAAUGAAGACAAUUGGAAUAUUUCCCCUGGAACCACUCAUCGUCCAAAGUUGGAUAUGGGUAAAGUGACGGACCAUGCUGAAACCAAGAUGAACAACUCCCCUAAGACUGGCAUCCAACAUUCUUUGAAGCAAGAGAUUCUACAACUUGAGAAACGGUUACAAGACCAAUUUGUGGUACGGCGUGCUCUAGAAAAGGCAUUGGGCUAUAGGACCUCUUCCAAUGACAUCUCAAAUGAGAACUCAAUGCCCAAGUCUGCAAAAGAACUGAUCAAGGAGAUUGCAGUAUUAGAGUUGGAAGUUGUGUAUUUGGAACAGUAUCUUCUCUCGUUAUAUCGUAAAGCAUUUGACCAGCAAAUUUCUGCCUUAUCUCCAUCUACCAUGGAUGAGAAGUUAAAAUCACCUUUGUUCACAAAGAAAGGGAUGUUUCUGGAAUCUAAUGGACCUGAUAUAACAUCUGAUAGAGAAAAUUCACUGGGUCAAUCUGGUCAUUUGCCAUUUACUCUGGAUCCACUUGCUCAUCCACACAAGGAAUUCAACGCUAUUGGGGAUACUGAGAAGUUAUUAGAUUCAGGCAUUCACCGUAGCCAUUCCUCACUAUCACAACGUACAGCUUGUAGAACUUCUCCUCCAAUGGAUGCUGUAGCUAAAGCCAUACGAGCAUGCCAUUCCCAACCUUUGUCUAUGAUGGAGCUUGCAGAGAACACCACUUCUAAUGUAAUCAGUCUGGCUGAACAUCUGGGUACACGUAUCACUGAUCAUAUUCCUGAGACACCAAACAGGAUUUCUGAAGAUAUGAUAAAGUGCAUGUCAACUAUAUAUUGUAAGCUUGCAGAACCUUUGCAGAUGCAGAAUGGCCUUUCAUCUUCUCCUCUUUCAUCAUUGUCAUCUGUAAGUGCAUUUUCUCCACACAACCAGUGUGAUAUGUGGAGCCCCCGGUGCAGGAAAGAUUUUUCUUUUGAUGCAUGUCUAGAUAACCCCUUCAAUGUUGAAGGGUUGAAAGAGUUCAGUGGUCCUUACAGUACAAUGGUAGAAGUGCCUUGGAUUUGCAGAGAUAAUCAGAAGCUGAGGGAUAUUGAACACAUGCUACAAAAUUUUAGGUCACUUGUUUGUCGAUUGGAAGAAGUUGAUCCUAGAAAAAUGAAGCAUGAGGAGAGGCUUGCAUUCUGGAUUAACAUACAUAAUGCAUUGGUGAUGCAUGCAUUUUUGGCUUAUGGGAUUCCACAAAAUAAUCUGAAAAGAGUGUCUUUACUCCUUAAGUCUGCAUACAAUGUCGGGGGUCACACUAUUAGCGUUGACACGAUACAGAGUUCUAUUCUGGGAUGUCGAAUGCCUCGGCCCGGGCAGUGGCUUCGUUUGCUAUUCUCAACAAAAAGGAAAUUCAAGGCUGGGGAUGAUCGACAAGCAUAUGCAAUUGAGCAUCCAGAACCACUAUUACAUUUUGCACUUUGUUCAGGAAGCCAUUCUGAUCCUACGGUCCGCAUAUACACACCAAAGAGAGUGUUCCAGGAGCUGGAAAUUGCAAAAGAAGAGUACAUCCGUGCUACCUUUGGUGUACGCAAUCAACAGAAAAUCCUUCUACCAAAGAUUGUAGAGUCUUUUGCAAAGGAUUCUAGCUUGUCUGCAGUUGGUGUGUUGGAGAUGGUGCAACAGUGUAUUCCUGAAACCUUAAGAAAGGCCAAGCAGAGGUGCCAGCAAGUAAGAUCCCACAAGAGCAUUGAAUGGAUCCCCCAUAAUUUUUCAUUCCGGUAUCUCAUUUCCAAGGAACUGGUUAAAUGAUUGCAUGUGUUGAUUAAUGUUAGAUAAUCUUCACGUGAAGGGAAAUACAAUUGUUGUAACUAGUGUGCGUUCAUCAAAGCUGGUUUUUCAGAAUGAAAGCCUUGAUUUUUUUUUUCUUUCUUUUUCCUUUUUUUCCCAUUCUGUACAAACGAAAAAGAUUAAGCAGGAGAGAGGAAGAUAGAAAGGCUGCCUGCAGUUUGUACAAUGUAAUAUUUGUUUUUCUGUAUUAUGUAAUGAGAAGCGUUUUGUUUUGUAACAGUGAAAAAUGUAACCAACUCGAUCGAGUGCCCAAACUGAUGUAAAUUUGUUGCCUGUGUUGUGUGCUUGACCGUAUACUUGCUGCAUCACUAAUCCAGUUAAAGGAAGGCUUCAUGCAUGCCAUUCAUGUCA